CCUCCCCUACCUGGAAGCUAACUUGACUGUGAUUGGUGGAGGCUUUGUCCUGCACCUGUGACUGCUGUCUGUGAGACACACUGACUGACUGUAGGAGGCUCGUCUGCAUGAACACGAGGCGAGAUCACACUGAGGAUUCACAUGACAGCUAGCACGAUCUGAGCGGCUAACAGCAGGAUACUUCCUCCUCCCAUCAUCUUUGGACUUGAGAGAUGCAGAUGGAGGGAGUGCUGAUUUUAAAAUCUGCCUCUCCUCCCAACUGUUCCUCUCAAAACUCCUCUCCUCCUCUUUCACCGGACGCUCAGGAAGAUCUCCAGUCAUCUCCUCCUGUGCCUCCCCCCAUGUGUGUCACGGCUGUACCACCACCACCAGCAGCAGCAGCAGCAGCACCACCACCACCACCACCACCUCCACCUCCUCCUCCUCCUCCUCCUCCUCCUCCUCCUCCUCCGCCUUCGUUUGGGUCUCAUAAUGUCCAGCGACGUUCCAUGAAGAAGCUAAACUGGGACACCAUCCCCAGCCAGCGUGUCCUGGGCAAAUUGAAUGUGUGGACGUCUAAGCGCCCUCAGAGGGACAUCGUGCUGGACAUCCCGAGCAUGGAGGAGUUGUUCAGUCACGCUGAAAAACGGGGCUCGCUGCGCAACUCAAGGGCUAUGGGUCUGAACACCUGUAAUGGCGUGGACCUCUUUCCACCGGAGCCUCAGGUCACAAUCCUUGACUCCAAAAAGAGCAUGAAUAUUGGGAUCUUCCUGAGACAUUUCAAGAGGCCGGUGACAGAAAUGGUGCAGGACAUUCGUCAAGGGAACUGGCUCAGAUUUGGGACAGGAAAACUGAUAGAGCUUUGUAAACUGCUGCCAGAAGAAAGGGAGGUGAAGCAGCUGCUGUCAUUCAGUGGGAACCUCUCUGUGUUACCUGAGGCCGACCAGUUCAUGGUGCAGCUGGUCAAAGUGGCAGGUUAUGAGGAACGGCUGAAAACGAUGGUGCUGAGGGAGGAAUUCUUCCCUCUCAUGGAGGAGGUGAAGAACUCUGUUGCUGUCAUGACCAAAGCAGCUAAUGAGCUGUUGGACUGUGAUGACCUCCACUCGGUCAUUCGUCUGGUAUUAAAAGCCGGGAAUUACAUGAACGCUGGUGGUUACAGCAUCAGUGCCAAUGCCAUUGGCUUCAGGAUGACCUCUUUGCUCAAGCUGGCCGACACCAAGGCCAACAAGCCUGGCAUGAACCUCAUGCACUUCGUUGCCAAGCAAGCAGAGGACAUCGAUGGCGAGCUGCUCACUUUUCACACCCAGCUUGAACACAUCGGGAUGGGAUCGAGGAUUUGUAAAGAGGAGGUCAUCUCAGACUUUGAGAGGGAAGUCAAGAAGGUCAAGGAAGUGAAAUUGUACAACAGCAGACAGCCUGGCCUCUUACAACAAAUGGAGACAUUUUUCUUGAGGGCUGAGGCCAAGCUGGCAGAUGUGGAGUCGUCUCUUCAGGAGCUAAAGGCCCUGAGCGACGCUGUCGCUGAGUACUUCUGUGAAGACCCGGCUACCUUCAAACUGGGGGAGUGCUGCUCCAUCUUUCAUUCCUUUUGCAAGCGGUUUGAAACUGCUGUACAGGAGAACCGAGAGCGAGAGGCAGCAGAGCAGAGGCGCAAGCGGAAGGAGAGUGCGCGUCUUUCAUCCAAUAGUGUGCGUCUUUCAACCAAUAGUGUGCGUCUUUCAACCAAACGCCGCUCCACAGUGUCUCACCCGCGACGUGAGGCCGACCAGGACUCCUCAAGCUUGGAGUCGGCCUUACACAGCUUUCUCUCCUCCGUUCCAGACGGAUUGGUCAGAUGCAAGAAGAACGUACUGCCCACAAUCAAAGGAUCCCCGUCCGAGCGCAGCUCUCAGGCUGUUCCAUCUGAAGAAAUAAGUGAGGCUUCGCCCCGCACUAGACAAGAGAGACCUGAGAAGAAACAUCCCAAACCGCAGAAAGAGGAAGGGAUAACAGCAGAAGUAGAAGAAGCUGAGACGAUGCGUGUGAUAACUCGGAAGGUGCUUCGCUACCAAAACAGCAAAAGUAGCCUCGAUGGGGACAGAGAUUCAGGCACUCCUCGCCGGUCAGAGCGGGCACAAGACGCACCAGCUACGCCAAGCACCCCUCGGCCUAGAACCAGAGACUUCUUCUUUGCCAACAAUGGGGGUGAGAGGGGCUCCCCAUGGACUAUCGUGAGCCCUUUCACCUGCUCCCAAAGAAACGUCUCCCACAUAAACAGACAAUCACCCCAACUCAGGCCGUCCUCAAUGCCGGUUGGAGAUGACUUUGAUGAUGGAGUCUGGGAGAGUGGCGUAGGCGAUUAUCUCCCCAAUUCCUCCAGUCGGGACAAUCCAACCUCUCCAUCUGGGGGAUCUUCGUCUCUUCCCGAGUGCCCCAGUCACACAGCCGUGUCCAAGGGUCCGAUCCUCAGGUCUGUCUCCAUGGAUGAAACCAGGCAAUCUCCAACGUCUGUCUUCCGGCUGGGAGACUUGUUCCAGAGAAGCACGUCUCAAAGGUCAUACUCGUCUGGAUCGAGGAGAGAAGAAGGAGCAGGAGUCAGGGAGAGGAAGACGGGGAAUCACGUAGAAGGUCAAGCGAGCAAUUCUGGGUUAAUUUCCUUCUUCAGACGCAUUGGAGGCAGAAGUAAGCUCGGUGAUGUGGAGGAAAAACACUUCAAAGGAUCUAAUACUUAAUUUAAAAAAAUUAUUUAGAGACAAACUGUCUUUUUUUUGUGUGUUUUAAUUGUUAAAAUUUGUUUGUCUUUUUUUCAAUGUUUUUUUUUAUCUUUCAUUCGACCCAAGGCAAAUGGGGACUUGCUUUGAACUUUGAAGGUUUUGAUUUUGUGGGAGUCAAACCACGUUCAAAAAUCUAUUCUCUCUUUUUGUCUUUUUGUCUUUUUGUGCGCAAUAAAGGGUGUUAUUCUACUCUUUUAA